AUUGGCUACACAGGCACCAAUCUGGCACGAGGAAGGGCCAGGGGGGACUGCAUAUGCAAAGCCUCGCUUCAUAUUCAUGAGCACCAAUCGUGGCUUUAAGUCCUUGAUUAGAAGAGUGCAAGAGCUUUUGGUCCCAACUGGCUGUGCCUAUAGGCUUGUCACUGGGAGAACGCUUCCUGUUAAUUGCACUGCUCAAGUGACGGGACGGCAAGAGGAGGAGGAGAGAGAGAGAGAGAGAGAGAGGGACAAAUAGAGAGAGGCAAAAAAGAGAGAGAGACAGAGACAGAGAAAGAGAGAAACUUUGAUUUAGAGAAGCGCUUGCUCAAAUGAUGGUCACUGAGUGCAAAUGGAUUCAGUAGAACUUUCAAUGCCUGAGUGUUUCUCGCUGCACUCUGAACAAGAGUAGAAUGAAUGUAUCAAAGGCCCAGGUUAAUAGCGAAGAUAAGUACGGCAAAUGCGGUGCAUGGAGAAUGCAACAGCAUUACACCGUCGAUACGCAUGCGCUCUAUAACCAAAGCAGGCUGCUUUGCAGAAUGUCCAGUAAGGACCGCCACAUUGAGUCCAACUGCCCCUCAUACAUCAAGACGGAACCCUCUAGCCCAGCCUCGCUGACCGACAGUGUCAACCACCACAGCCCCGGCGGCUCAUCAGACGCCAGCGGCAGCUACAGUUCUGCAAUGAACGGCCACCAGAACGGCUUAGACUCGCCCACGCUGUAUGGCCCGGGAGGCACGCUCGGCCCCAACGGCACCAGCGCUAAGCGCUACGAAGACUGCUCCAGCACCAUCGGCGAGGAUUCACAGAUCAAGUGUGAAUACAUGCUCAACUCCAUGCCCAAGCGCCUGUGCCUGGUGUGCGGCGACAUUGCGUCAGGUUACCACUAUGGUGUGGCCUCAUGCGAAGCCUGCAAGGCCUUCUUCAAGAGAACCAUUCAAGGCAAUAUUGAGUACAGCUGUCCCGCCACCAACGAAUGUGAGAUCACCAAGCGCAGACGGAAGUCCUGCCAAGCAUGUCGCUUUAUGAAGUGUCUGACCGUCGGAAUGAUGAGGGAAGGAGUGCGGCUGGACAGAGUGCGCGGCGGCAGACAGAAAUACAAACGUCGGAUAGAUGCAGAGAACAGUCCCUAUCUGAACCCACAGCUGGCUCUGCCACCCAAAAAGCCAUUCCCCUUUGGCUGCCUUGCAGAUAAUAAGAUCGUGUCACACUUGCUGGUGGCCGAGCCUGAGAAGAUCUAUGCCAUGCCGGACCCGACUGUGCCCGACAGUGACAUCAAGGCUUUGACCACGCUGUGUGACCUGGCAGACCGAGAACUGGUGGUCAAUAUCGGCUGGGCCAAGCACAUCCCAGGCUUCUCCACGCUGUCGCUGGCUGAUCAGAUGAGUCUUCUGCAGAGUGCGUGGAUGGAGAUCCUGAUCCUGCGUGUGGUCUACCGGUCACUGUCAUUCGAGGACAAGCUGGUAUACGCUGAGGACUACAUCAUGGACGAGGACCAGUCCAAGCUGGCUGGCCUGCUAGACCUGAACAAUGCCAUCCUGCAACUGGUGAAGAAGUACAAGACCAUGAAGCUGGAGAAAGAGGAGUUUGUGACUCUGAAAGCUAUAGCGCUUGCAAAUUCAGACUCCAUGCACAUAGAGGACGUGGAGGCGGUGCAGAAGUUGCAGGAUGUGCUGCACGAGGCGCUGCAGGACUACGAGAGCAGCCAGCACACUGAGGACCCCCGUCGCGCCGGAAAGCUGCUUAUGACGCUGCCUCUGCUGCGCCAGACAUCCACUAAAGCCGUGCAGCACUUCUACAGCAUCAAACAGGACGGCAAGGUGCCCAUGCACAAACUCUUCCUGGAGCUGCUUGAGGCCAAGGUCUAGCUCGGCCACCGUUGCCUAGACCGGUUCUGCUGGGCAUACACACGAGCGCUCUCACUACACUGGGCAGGCUAUGACUGAUAUACCGUUUGCGAAACUUUUCUCCAUAAACGACGGUAUCUAAUAAUGACAAGCAACUUAACCUUAACGAUACUCCGAACUGUUGACUUUAUGCUAGAUGCAUAAAUGAACCAAUAAAGUAUGGUUGUUGAGGAAAAAAAAAACAUGCUGAAUAGGACAAAAAAAAGACUUCCACUAUUUAGCAGCAGGACUUUGAACCAGCUUUUGACUUGUUCUUCUCUGAAAACCAGUGCAGUUUUUAGAGCUUUCGAAGAACAUUUUGUUGAUUUUCACCUAAAAAAGGAACCUGGAUCCAAGAAUGACAAACCCUGCCAAAGGAAGGAGUUCCACUGAGUGGGAUGCCAAUGAAACUGUAAUGUCCCAAACCCACGUCCAAUAGUCCCUCUUUAACAACCGGCCACAACCUAACAGCAGGCAGUAGUGUUACCACCUGACCUCACAACAGCAGUUUGACAGCACAUUCGCCAAACAGAGAUUUUGUUUGUUUGUUUGUUUGUUUGUUUGUUUGUUGGUUUACUUCUGGCUUCUUUUUUUUCCCCCCAUCUGAAGAAGCUGCUCCUAAUAUUCAUUUAAACCACGAGCAGUCACUGGGGCUUGAUUCCCUUCUUCUUUCCUUUCGAGUCUUCCAGACACUUCUAGCCACUUUUAAUGAUUUCACCAUUAUCUUUUCAGGGAAUAUCCUGAGCAUUAGUCUCUCAUGCAAUACAAAACAGAGGUACUGUAGUGGACAAGGAAUAGACUAAUUUAUUUAUUGAUAUUUUACUGUGCUUUAUCUCAGUGCAUUUAUACUGAAGGGUGUAAAUAUGUAGUAUGGACGUCAUUCUAGCAUUUGAUCACAUGUUGAUAAUUGAACAGGUUUUUUUUUUCUACCAACUCUAACACUUUCAGUAACUGUUACGAGUCGGGAGAGAAUGCUUGCUAUCUUCUCUAAGCAAUAGAGGUUUUAAAAGGAGUGUAAAUUUAUGCAAUUUCUGUUCGUGCCCGUGUUUUUUGGAAACGAGAUUUCUUGCAGCUUUAACUUUCCUUUAUGUGGUUGAUACAGUAUGAUAUUUGACCGAUAUGGUGGCCAGAAGGACCAUGAACAUUAACUCAACACAAUGAUAUAUGCAUUUCUAUUACCACCAAACUUACUUUUACUGAUAUCAUUUUAUCAAAGCAGUAUAUUAGCACUUAGGAAGAACAUCAUUGUAGCUCUAGUUUCAUGUGGUUCAUACCGAACAGCCCAUGAUAUCAUGAUGUAAUCUUCAGUAUGGAAAUUUUCUUUAGCUGAGGUCAAGUAACUAAGCAAGCUAUCCACUACACCCAUCAGAAAUAUGUCAGUAUUAGUAGGUCUAUGGGGGUAUUUUCCUGAAUAUUCUUUAACAUUGUAUAUUGUAAAUGGACAGAUUAUAAAACUAACCCGAGACAUUUUAUUGGAACAAAAUUGAAAAAAAAAAAAAGGAAAAAAAAAGUUCAGCUUCUACGUGUUCCAUGCCUGCUGUACUUUUUCCUAAACUGCUUCUUUCUUUUCUUCCUUUUUCUUAUGCUCCAUGCGAUGAGAUGAUGUGGUUGUAUUCUUCUCCUGGUGAUUCCACUUUUUUGUGUGCCGUCCACUCUUUUUUUUUUUUUAAAAGACAGGGUAGAAACAGAGACACUACUGGAUGUAUGAAUCCUCAGGAGACAUGGAUGAUGGGUUUCAAAUAACUUUCUGGCAUAAAGAACUCUUGCGAAGUUACUGCUAGAUCAACAGUUUCAUGAUCAAUGUAAUCUAUACUGAUGUAUAAGUGAUUAACAGUUAUUUAAAGGAAGGAGCAACAUAUAUUUAAAAAGGGAUCAUUUUAUCUAACUACUUUCCUGUAGACUAACACUGUAUAUCUUAGGUUAAAAUGAAAAAAAAAAAUGCUUUUGAGUAUCUCAAAAUGAUAGUGGAUUUUUUUUAAUUAUUAUUAUUAUUUCAUUUUUUUAACACGCUGCUGUACAUAAGGCCUUCCAUGCUGAGCGAAUCUUGUAAUAUUAUCUUUAAAUCCUUGAGGCUGCAAAGGAAAGAAAUGUUAUGUUUUGGUGUAGGAUCCAGUUUCUAACACUCUCGCUUCAACUUUGUGUGCUAAUUAAAAAUGAAGAGAAAAGGACUUUAAAAAAAAAACAUCAUUCUUGGAAUAAAACAGGGAUAAGGGUUUUAUUUUUUCUCCCUUCUGUGUUCUUUAAAUACUGUGUAAUAAUUGUCAUUAGCUAUACAAAAUCUAUCAUUUAGACUGUGCUUUGGAGAGUGUAAAGUUAUUCUGGACAUUAAUCAUGGCUACUUGUUGGAUGGUCAAAAACUGGAGGGUUCGUGCUGUUGAUGGGAAGUUGGCACUUUCUUUCUUUUUUCCUUACACAGUUCAUGGCAGAAAGGUGCGGUUUCUUCCUUUCUUCCUGAUUUUUCUUUCCUCUUGUCUGUUACAUUUUGUCUUUCUUAUGACUAUGGUACAGAACACCAUGCAAACAUGAAGAUAUUUUUAAGUGAUUUAAGCAGAGCUUUCAUUUUUAUACUGUCACACAGAUGUUACAGCAAGCAGUCCUGGGCCUGGGUGUGUUAUAGGAGCUGACUUGGGAUCAGCCGUCCCUCUCUAUAAAUUCAAGACAAAACUGACCCACUUUGAGAAGUCUGACUCACCGUUAAAGGCUGAGGUGCACUGAGUCCUGAGUAUUUCCUUUUGUUACACGAAGCAUUCGCACAAAAAUAUGGAUUCUUCCAAAAAUAGCAUUUUCUGAACUCCUUUAGUGAUACUCACUGCAUAACUUUGAACACUAUAGUCCCAAGGUUAACUUAGAUCAUUAAGAGAAGGCUCUAUUUGCUCUAUUUGCUCUGUCGGUUUCAACAUAUUAGAGUAGAGAAAUGAAAAUGUAAAUUACCAACGAUACAUUUUUCCAACAUAUUUUCUUAUUUAAAGCAAUAUGUGUGGCAAUCAGGAGCCACACUCUGCAACUGACUUAGAUCAAAAAUGCUGUAUUUAUUGGACUAUUUUGCAAUGUAAGAAAUAAUAGGGGAAAAAAAAUAGAUGAUGUACAAACAACUGCUAUUUUUUAUUAUAGAGGACCUUAUGGGCAUGGGUUGUAUUUAUUCUCGUCUGCGAAAUGUAUCGAAGGAUUUUUGCAGCAGUCAAACAUGCAAAAUGGAAGAAACACUAAUCAACAGGAAGAACUGGAGGAAGAAGGGAGGAGGGGGGUAUUUAAAACAAACGAAGAAAAAAAAAAACCUAUAUGAUCAAUAAGAUGAUAUCAAUUUCAGUCCAGGAGUUGCUGAAACAGCCUGUAGUGAGAACCAUGUCUGUAGCUCUAGAUGUGCUCAACAUCAGUGAAACAAUUACUUGUAUAUUUUUGUGAUGUGUACCAUACAGUGUGCUCCAACAAUUCUGUCCAUUUGUGUAAAUGUAUUUAUUUUACAUUGUAUAUAUUGUUCAAUGCAAAAAGAGAGACCUAUGAUUCUGUAACUACGAUCAAUUCAGAUGUGUAACUCCAAUUAUGCCUUUCAGGAUAAUGGUAGAGCAAUAUUAAAACAUGCUUCCAGUUUUGA